ACCCGAGAUUGUGAUUCCCAUUCGUUAGCGUUAGUUUGUCUGCCUUCUUCGGUUUUUUUCUUUUCCCCUUUUUCUUUUCUUCAAAAUUGUCGGAAAGCUGGAUUAUUCAAUAGUCUUCGAAGCGAUGGCUGACCGACUAACUCAGCUACAGGACACGGUGAAUCAACAAGCGGAACACUUUUGUAACAGCAUCGGCAUCCUACAGCAGUGCUCGAUUCCGAGCAAGUUUGCCGGUUUUGAGCGUACCGGAUCCCAAACGCCUCAGCAACAGGUACAGCAGCAGCAACAACAGCAACAGGAAGACUACCCGCAACUAUUCUCCACCUUGAUCUCCCGAUGCGCCAAGGACAUCGACACCCUUAUCGAAUCUCUGCCCAGCGAGGAAAGUUCGAUCGAGCUGCAGGUCCAAUCGUUGCAGCGGCUCGAAGCCGAAAACAAAGAGUCGGCCGAAAAGUUGGAAGAAAUCGUGCGGAAGGGCGAGCUGCUGCUAGAGAAAAUUCAAGCCGCGCUCAGUGAUAUAGCCCAGUCCCAGCUGGACAUGCAGUAUUCGUCGUAG